UCAUCGCUCAUUGGUCCAACCCAAAUAGGGAGAUUGGUGUGAAUGGGAUGUUGUGGUCCAUCCCUAAAGGCACUCCCCAUUUGAAAACAAGGGGACGAAAGGUGUCUUUAGCUUGGGUUUCUUUUUCUUUAUAACAAUCAUGGGUGACCACUAAAGAGGGGAGAGAAAUACAAGGAGAGAGGAGAAACCAGAGUUCUCUUGAUUCUUUGCUUUAGUAUUCAAAAUCAAAGAGCUUUUUUUGAAGCUUCUUCCACCUAUUUUCAUCGUCUUCAUCAAAUUCAGAGAGCAGAAGUCCCCAUUCUUUUUCUUUUUGUUUUCUAACUUUAUAGUAUGGAAGAAGCACUUUUCUUGAUGAGAAAUUGAGUUUGAAGAGCUCAAAGAGAUGGCUUUGUGGGCUUGUUUCUUGGUUCAAUUUGCUGGCCUUCUCUAUUUACUCUCAUGCGUGCCCUACAUAGUGUGUGGGGAGUUGCACAUUAAUCAUGUGGACCAUCACACACAGACGAUGCAAUCUGAUGACUGUGAUUGGUUCUUGGGGAGUUGGGUCCAAGAUGAUUCGUACCCACUUUAUGAUGCUGCAAAUUGUCCAUUCAUCGGAACUGGUUUUGAUUGCCUGAAAAAUGGUAGGGCUGAUAAAGAGUACUUGACGUAUAGAUGGAAACCAAAUCAGUGUGAUCUACCAAGGUUCAAUGGUCAAGAAUUUUUGGAGAGACUUAGAGGGAAAAGGAUGUUGUUUGUAGGGGACUCUCUUGGCUUCAAUCAAUGGAAAUCAUUAACAUGCAUGCUUCACUCUGCAGUCCCCAGCACUAACUACACCUUCACAGAGACAAAGGGAGGAGGCACAUUUUCCUUUCAGGAGUAUGGAGUUUCAGUCAUGAUCAAGAAAAAUGGAUUUUUGGUGGACGUGGUGGUGGAUGAAAAAAUAGGGCGCAUCCUGAAGCUGGAUUCCAUCAGUACCGGCAACCAGUGGCUAGGGUUCGACCUGCUCAUCUUCAACUCCUAUCACUGGUGGACUCACAAAGGCCGGUAUCAAACAUGGGAUUACUUUCAGGUAGGUGACAAGCUGAUCAAAGAGAUGGAUAGAGUCGAAGCUUACAAGAUCGCCAUGACGACGUGGGCGAAGUGGGUUGAUGAAAAUAUCGAUCCUUCAAAGACAAGGGUCUUCUUUCAGGGAGUUUCUGCAGUUCAUGUCAUUGGUGCAGAUUGGGGCGAGCCAGGGGCAAAGCAGUGCAUAGGACAAACAACACCGGUGAAUGGAUCAGCGUAUCCAGGCGGCAGCCUUCCAGCUGAAGAUGUCCUGAGGAGCAUAAUCAGUGGAAUGAAGAAACCAGCAUUUUUAAUGGACAUUACAUUGCUUACCCAACUAAGGAAAGAUGGUCACCCAUCUGUCUAUGCUGGCCAAGGCAAGGCACUGGUUGACUGCAGCCACUGGUGUCUCGCCGGUGUACCUGAUUCUUGGAACGAGCUCCUAUAUGCAGCUCUACUCGGGAAGUGAAAUCAGUUUUCUUAGUACUGUGCCAUAUUGGUCUUGUGUAAUACCAGUUCUAAAUUCCUGCAUCAAUAAAAAAAAUGAUUAUUCAUUCCAAAAUCA